AACUUCGACGUCGUCGUCGUCGUCGUCGCCGCCGCCGCCGCCGCCGCCGCCGCCGCCCUCCGUUCCUCUUCUUCCGACCUUUUCCCCCUCCCCUGCGCCAUUAGACCGACAUCGCGACUUUUUUUUCUAAAUCAACUGGCGCUGGCGGGCGACUGGCGCGAGUUAUUGGGCAAGAGAGGCUAGGAUAUUGGCCUUGGCGAUUUCGUUUUGCGGGCUAUUUGAAAAGAAGCCCGAAGCGCUGCUACUGAAGGUCAUUCGCGAUCGACUGGGCCCGCGAGUACUGAGGCGAGCGCGCCUUUUGGAUAUGGAAAGAGUCAGGACGAUCAUGGCGUUAAUGUGUAUGCUUGAAAAAUGAUGUGAUCGGCAAUCAUCAUGGCGGCACCCAUAUUAAAGUGGAAGCGGAUCACAAAUCCGACCGGACCUCAGCCGAGGCCCCGGCAUGGACACCGAGCCGUCGCGAUCAAGGACCUCAUGGUCGUUUUCGGCGGUGGUAACGAGGGCAUCGUUGAUGAGCUGCACGUCUACAACACGGCAACCAACCAGUGGUUUGUGCCAUCGACAAAGGGAGACAUUCCUCCAGGAUGCGCUGCCUAUGGUUUCGUAGUCGACGGAACGCGAAUUCUUGUUUUCGGUGGAAUGGUCGAGUAUGGAAAAUACUCCAACGAACUUUAUGAACUUCAAGCUAGUAGGUGGGAGUGGAAAAGACUCAAGCCUAGACCCCCCAAACACGACCCACCUCCUUGCCCAAGACUCGGGCAUAGUUUCACCUUAAUUGGAAAUAAAGUCUUCCUUUUUGGAGGAUUGGCUAACGAUAGUGAUGAUCCAAAAAACAAUAUACCACGUUACUUGAACGACCUCUACACGCUGGAACUUCUUCCCAAUGGAGCGACCGCUUGGGAGGUUCCCCAAACUCAUGGUCAUGCACCACCACCUAGGGAGUCCCAUACCGGAGUUGCCUACACAGACCGAACGACCGGAAAGUCGUGUCUGGUCAUUUAUGGCGGAAUGAGUGGUUGUCGUUUAGGAGACUUAUGGUUCUUAGACGUUGACACUAUGACCUGGAACAAGCCAGUUGUACAUGGCCCUACACCGUUGCCACGUUCCUUACAUACCGCUACGCUUAUUGGACAUAGGAUGUAUGUUUUUGGAGGAUGGGUGCCACUUGUGGUAGAUGACGUUAAAGUGGCUACGCACGAAAAGGAAUGGAAAUGCACCAGCACACUCGCUUGUUUAAAUUUAGAAACAUUAACUUGGGAACAGCUAACAGUGGAUUCGUUGGAAGAAAAUGUACCGCGAGCUCGUGCCGGACAUUGUGCGGUCGGCGUUCACAGCCGCUUGUACGUAUGGUCGGGUCGUGACGGUUAUCGUAAAGCAUGGAACAAUCAGGUAUGUUGCAAGGAUCUGUGGUAUCUAGAAGUGAGCAAGCCUCCAGCACCAUCUCGAGUGCAGCUUAUAAAAGCCUCGACGCAAUCACUGGAAGUCAGUUGGACCGCCACCCCCUCGGCUCAAUACUACGUACUGCAGAUUCAGAAGUUCGACAUGCCCCCGACGAGCAGCAGCAGCUUCGCCGCGGCGACACCGUCCGCAACACCGGCUACGACUGCUGCCAGUUCACCAGCCCUGCCGAGCAUAGUCUCCAGGGCGGCCCAUGCCUCUCCCACGAGUAGCGCUGCUACUGCAUCGUUGCCCUCAAUAGUGACGCCUGCGCGGCCGAUGGCAGCGUCCUCUACCCCCGCACCAAGCCAAACUCCAACCCCGACACCCGUUCCAAUCCCAGCACCGACUCCUACCCCUACUCCGUCGCUGACACCGAGUCCAACUCCAAUACGUGUACAAAGUUCUAAUCAGAAAAUAAUAGGCUCGCCGGCCAAUCCGAGUAAGCAAAUAGUGGCCAGUCCUCUAGGUACGCGGCCCGCCAAUGUCAUUAGGAUUCAACAGUCUGGCUUGGCUGCCAACGUGGCCGCGGGAACAAUUUUGGCCGCCGCGUCCACGACGACGACGACGACGACGAGCACGACGACCGCGGCCUCGUCGCCUUCCGCCUCUGUAUCCGUUACAACGACGACGAGCUCCACUCAGCAGCAGCCCGCGGCCAUGUCGGGUAUGGCGGCACUCGCCGCUGCGGCCAUGACUCACAAGAUCAACAUGAACAACGUUCCGAUAAUACCGGUACAGGGCGCGACAACGGCUGCCCCCAUCAGAAUGAAGAACGUCCAGCCCGGCCAACAGAUACGUUUCGCAGCUCCGGGCGCGACUGUCUUGAGGGCCGCCUCGCCCCAGCAGGGUAAGCAGAUUAUCCUCCAGAAACCCGGGCAGAACAUCGCUGGCCAAGCGCAGAUCGUCCACCUCGUGAAGACAGGUCAGGGCAUGAUGGCGAUGCCUAAGAUGAGCCUCAUCCCCGGUAAGACGUUACCCGCGGGCGGCGCUAAGCCCCUCAACCAGGGGCCCACGAUCCUGCGACUUGUCAAUCCUAACACCGUCGCCGGCUCCAAGAUACUCACGACCAUGAAAACGUCUAAUCUGGUAGCGAUGAGCAAGGCACAGAACAUCGCCGGCAAGCAGACCAUCAUGAUCACAAAGCCGGGCGGCAACGGUGGUUUGGUAGGCAGAACCAAUCAGAUAAUCGUCGUGACGACAGGCUCGGGCUUGCGAGCCGUCCAGGCCGUAACGACCUCGCAAGCUGGCUCGGGUCAACAGGGCGCCAACAUUACUACGACUCCUGUCAACGUACUGCCGCUUUCCGCAACCAACCACGUUACCAAUCAGCAGGGCGUGAAGAUGAUCGUAGUUUCGUCGAGCGCAAUGGCCGGCGGCACUGCCGGCAAACCGUUGACGAUAACGAUGCCCGGCCAGGGCGGCAAAACGGUUACCAUUGCUACGAAGACUGGUGCACCCGGAGCCAUUCUCCAUAAAAAUCAGUUGAUGGCCAUGCCGCAGAUACAGAAGGGUUCGGAGGCAAUCGGUAAGCCGGUCACCUUGCAAAUGCAAGGCGGCGGCACCAAGACCGUCACCCUUGUGCCCACGAGUAGUUCCAUUGUUAGUAGUUCGGCGACCGUCUCCGAUGCCAUUGACACUGGCAAAAUGUUGAUCGUCUCGCCUCAGAAGCAGCCCUCGGCGACAUUGGCUACGACCUCCGAUGGUCCGGCCACUACGGACGCGGCCCUAGCUGCUUUGGCGGCUGAAGCCGGCCUCAUAGACCCCGUGCAAGAGUCAUCGACCGGUCUAUCAUUCAUGAUGGCAUGUGAUAAUUCUGCUCUUCAUGCCGGUGAUUGUCAAGACUCCAAAUCCCAGGAGAGCUGUAACGGGAAUCAGGACGCUACCAAUGCUACGGCCACCACAACCUACGUCGAGCCUAUGCAAGUCGACGGAGAAGGAAAUCUCGUUAUUCCCCAGGUGGAUGGUCCAGGAGACUUGAUUUUUUCGGAAGACGAAAGCGAGACUGGUUUGACACUAGAGGAUGAAGAGGAAGAGGAAGAGGAAGAGGAAGAGGAAGAGGAAGAAGAGGAGGGCGAUGAAGAGGAGGAGGAAGAAGAGGAGGAUGAUGAGCCUACCAAUCAAGCUGGCGAUGUCUCGACGGAAUCUGAUGUACAGCGGAUGGAGCAAGAUGUUGAUCAAGGGAUGGCCGCCAUUACUGGAGAUGUCGAUGAUGAACCAACGACCGGCGGGUCUGCACCUUUGGAAAGAACCGAUUCUUCCGAGUCGAUGAAUGUCGAAGCUAUUUUGUCAGGCAAUGAUUCAAUGGAACAGCAGGGCGAUGACCCGUCUGAAUCCGGAAAUAAUAUGGAAUCGAGUAAGAAUGAAACUGCGGACGCUACUGAGGCUGUGGCUGAAAGUUCAGCGGCAGAAAAAAGUCCAACAACUGCGGAUACUGACGAGCAGCAGAAGACGGAGGUAGGAGGCGUCGUUAUCGAGAAAAAUAAACAAGAUAAUCAAAAAAUUGAUUCUACGGAAGAACUGGACGCCGAUCAAACUGAAAAUACUAAAAUGAUAGUUGAUCCGAUCCCAAUGGAAACUGAUAAAAUAUUACUCGAUGAUGCUACCGUGGAUACCAAUGAACUUAACAAGCAGUCGAGCGAAAAGACGUUUAAGGAAUCAAAUUCAGCCGAUAAUGAAACUCAGUUACCUCAUAAUACGAAAGAAUUAAGCAAUAUUAAGGAUGCUACGAACGAUAGCAGAAAUAAAGAUGAGAGUGAGCCUAUGAGCGUCGAAUCGGAAGUGGCAUCAGCGUCAAAACCAACGUCAGAAUCAACAACCGCGGCGGCGCUAACACCAGUCCCAAAUUCGGCAGCGAUCUCGAAGGCUGCCCCAAUAUCAAUAUCGGCAACGACCACGACAUCAUCUACAGCAAAAUCGGCGUCGACACCGAGUACUACAAUUUCAACGCCAACAACAAAAUCGGAUGCUAUUAAUGUUAGGAAAGAGACAUCGUCUGCCGUCUCCGAGGCUUCAUCAAUAAAAAAGGAAGCCUUACCUAAUGACGAGCCCAUGGAAGAGAACAAAAAAUCUCCAGCUGUCUCAGCUUCUGCAUUGUUAAAUAGCAAUGUGGCGAUUAAGAGUCAAGCAAAAGUUGAGAAGCCUGUAAUUAAAGUGGAGCAAGAAAGCAAAGCUCAGGUCGCUUCCAACGUUGGCAGUACAAUCGAUAAAAUAAAGCAAGAAAAGGUAGAUGAUUCAACGGGUGGUGAUUCCAUGGCUCUAACGACUUUAGCAACAGCUGCAUUAGGAUCUACGGAGUCUACGCAGUCGGCCGUUAAAUUGAAAACGGAACAACAAACUAAUAAUACUAAUAAUAAUGAGGAGCCAAUCAAAGAAGAGGAGAAAAAGGUAGUGGAUUGGUAUGAUGUUGGAAUCAUAAAAGGCACCAACUUUACCGUUCAACAUUAUUAUCUUCCUGGAGACGAGCCAUUAGAUAUUACCCAAGCAUUAGCCACAGAUUUAUUUAAGGGCAGAACAAAAAUAGCUUUAGAGCCUGGAACUGCUUACAAAUUUCGAGUAGCUGCUGUUAAUAGUUGUGGCCAAAGUCCUUGGAGCGAAGUAUCAGCUUUUAAAACAUGUCUUCCUGGAUUCCCUGGUGCUCCUAGUGCUAUUAAAAUUUUAAAAUCUGCCGAUGGUGCUCAACUCUCUUGGGAGCCACCAUCUAGCAAUUCAGGACCUAUUUUAGAAUAUUCGGUCUACUUGGUUGUACGAAGUGCAAGUGCCAUGUCAGAGAACACUGGAGAAGUAACAUCGACAACACCGACUCAACCCUCGUUUAUUAGAGUUUACUGUGGUCCUACCAAUGCGUGUUCUGUGCCUAAUAAAUCUUUAAGCGCAGCUCACGUAGAUACUACAACUAAACCAGCCAUUAUCUUUAGAAUAGCAGCACGAAAUGACAAAGGUUAUGGACCAGCUACUCAAGUGAGGUGGUUGCAAGAUCCUACAACAGCUGUUAAGAAUAAUAUGCAAGUAAAGAGGCCUGUGGCUGACAUUCGGUCACAAGUCAAUUCACCUCAAAAAAAAGUGAAAGCAGAGACGACGAACGAUAAUUUUUCGUGAACUAAUUACUUUAUAUGACUUUACAAAGCGCGUUAUUUGUAAUUUAAUCUUCUGCUGAUGCGCUGCCUGAUAACGACAACGACUGUGCAUUUGCUUAAUUGUCAUUAAGCAGGCAAAAGGAUCAAACAGUUUUGUGUAGCGUUCAGUGCAGACAAGAUUAUAUACGUCUGGAUGCUCAAAACGAGCAAAUUGUAAUAAGAGACACAUGUCGUUUUUAAUGUCCUGAAGUUGAAAACUUGACAUAAAUAUAUAUAUAUAUAUACAAUUACAUUUAUGCUUAAGCUACUCGGGCUUCAUAAGACAUUAAAAAAAUCCGUACUUCCGGAUUUCCGGAUGAAAAUUUUCUUCUAUUUUCUAACAAUCUUAACCUUGUGUCUCAAAAUUAGAUCACAAUACAUGAGAAUUACAAUAUGAGCACUGAGCAUUUACAUGUAAUAAGAGGCAACCGUCAAAACGUUAAUAAACAAUAAGGUAAUCAUUUCGUGUUUAAUCAAUUUAUAAAAGUUAUAAAUGUCAAAUUACGUUGAAAUGAAAAAACAAUUUUUUGGAACUCUGUCUUAUCAGAUGAUUAAUAACUUAUUAAUAUCACUUGCAUAACAGCUACAUUUUUUUCCUAGCAAUAUAAUAAUUAUUAUUUUAUAAAUUCAGUUCUCUAAAUGGUAUUGCUUAGUAAGU